UCCCUCUUCACGUUUACGUCUUUGGACAGCUCCUCCCGCGCUUGGCUGGAAGUCAACUUCCUUUCACUGUUUUCCACUUUCUUCUCGGCUAGUCGUCCAGUCGCGCUAUGGCGAAGUGGGGCUGCUUCGCCGGGACAUUGAGGCGCUGCCUGCAGUCGCCGUCCGGAGUACCCCGCCCCGCUACCCUUUGGAGGGCUACUUCUAGCGCUGCAGAGGCAGCUACGGUCCCCCGGCAUGAAGAGCAGCUCAAGAGACAGGAGGAGUUGCCCGGAACGGGACCUCUUGAGAGCCUCUAUUGGCUCUUCGUGAGAGGCUACUUGUUGCACACGCACCAGCUUCAGAUCAUUUACAAGAAAAGAUAUGGCCCCAUGUGGAAGUCUGUUUAUGGUCCUUAUUUUAAUAUUAAUAUUGGAAGUCCAGAAAUCUUAGAGGAGCUGUUACGUCAGGAAGGAAAAUACCCAAUACGGAGUGACAUGGUCCUUUGGAAAGAACAUCGAGACGUACGGCACUUAUCGUAUGGCCCCUUCACUGAGGAUGGAGAACGGUGGCACCGUCUUCGGCAGGUGUUGAACAAGAGGAUGCUCAAGCCUUCAGAGGCUAUGCUGUAUGCAGAUUCCCUCAAUGAAGUGGUGUCUGAUCUCAUAGUGCACCUUGAAGAGGAGAGAAGAAAAAGUUCCUCAGGAGUAAAAGUGGAAGAUAUGGCCAACCUACUGUACCAAUUUGCCUUAGAAGGUAUCUCCUAUAUUCUCUUUGAGACCCGCAUUGGCUGUCUAGAGAAACAGAUACCCGCUGAAACAAAAAAAUUCAUUGAUGCUAUUGGAUAUAUGUUCAAGAAUUCUGUCUUUGUCACCUUCCUACCCAAAUGGACACGGAACAUGCUGCCUUUCUUUGACCGCUACCUACAAGGCUGGGAUAUUAUCUUUGCCUUUGGAAAAAAACUGAUUGAUCAGAAGACUUUGGAUUUAGAGAAGCGUCUGGAACGGGGUGAGGAAGUUUCAGGAUACUUGACAUUCUUGCUUGCCAGCGGGCAGCUUAGUCAUGAAGAGAUAUAUGGAAGCAUAACUGAGCUGCUAUUGGCUGGUGUUGACACGACAUCCAAUACUCUGUCUUGGUGUUUGUACCAUCUGGCUAAAAAUCCAGACAUCCAGGAAGCUUUGUACCAGGAAAUAGCCAAAGAACUACCCACAGGCCAAAUCCCUGGAGCCAAAAACAUCACCAAGAUGCCUCUGCUUAAGGCAGUAAUCAAGGAGACUCUCAGGCUUUAUCCUGUGGUCCCCACCAACGCACGGAUUAUUGCGGAGAAGGAAGUUGUCAUUCAAGGAUACAAGUUCCCAAAGAAUAGCCUCUUUGUCCUGGCUCACUACAGCAUCUCACACGAUGAGAACAACUUUCCAGAGCCAGAAUGCUUCCGGCCGUACCGCUGGUUGCGAGACCAGAGAGAGGUGUCUCCUCACCCCUUCAGUUCCAUUCCCUUUGGUUAUGGAGUACGUGCCUGUGCAGGGCGUCGCAUUGCUGAACUUGAAAUGCAUCUGGCUCUUAUCAGGAUAAUCCAGAAGUUCUUGAUCAGACCAGACCCGCAGUGCACUGAUGUGAAGUCUGUUUCCCGUAUUGUGCUGGUGCCAGACAAGCCUAUUAACUUGGAUUUCUUUGACCGACAAACAAGGCCUUAAUGUUUUUUAUUCAGCCUGAGACAGCAGAGAUUUAGAGAAUCAGUUCUGGGAUUGGAUUGUGUUCUUGAGGAGCUCCACUCUUCAGGCGGGAUUCUGUCUAAAAGUUGUCCAUCCUACCUAUACAGGCUUCCCUCAAAGAGUACACCCAUAAUAUUGAUUGACACCAUCCCACUUUCCUGUUCCUGGGCUUCCAAUAACCAAAGUUCAGAAGUACAGAACAAAACCAGCUAUGUCACACCUUGGGCUAGCCACUUUCUCUCAGCCCUAACAAGGAGGCAAUGGCAAACCACUUCUGAAAGACCUUGCCAAGAAAAUUGUAGUGACUUAUUCAGGCAGUC